UUUUCCCGUGACAACGUAUAUAUACUGUUCAAUGAUGAAGUAACAGCUAUAUCUUCGGUAAAGAAGAACCAGGGUUUUCAGUGUGAUUGAGGAGUGGUUGAAAUUAAGGGCAUGGCAGCUACAAAAUUAUGGGGAUUACAUGAGGUGAGGAGCCAUUUUCAUCUUAAAAAUCAUCUGCAGAGUCCUCCGUUUGCUCUGCUUAAGGGAGUCGCUGCCACUCAGUUUGGUACGCGUGCCCUUCGUAACUGCCGAUUUCCUCAUCAAAAGUCUACCACUGGAUUCAUCUAUCUCUCUAACCCGCACAAAACUUCAAAUCAAAUUUGUCAGGACUCAACUGGUGUUAUUAGACCAGGAUAUUUGGAUGCUGAUGAAGGUGCUGUCCCAACUCCAAUAGUUUUAAUAGAUCAAGACUCAGACCCCAAUGCAACAAUUGUGGAGGUCAGUUUUGGUGAUCGCCUUGGUGCACUUAUAGACACGAUGAAAGCACUUAGAGAUCUUGGCCUGGAUGUGGUGAAGGGAAGUGUUCUCACUGAUGCAUCAGUUAUUCGUACCAAAUUCUUUAUAACGCGUUUGACUACUGGCCGUAAAAUUGAGGAUCCUGAAGUGCUGGAACGAAUUCGCCUAACCAUUAUUAACAAUUUAUUGAAGUAUCACCCUGAAAGCAGUGAGUGCUUGGCAAUGGGAGAAGCCUUCGGGAUAAAACCUCCAACGAAAAAGCUGGACAUUGAUGUUGCUACUCAUAUUCACAUUGAGGAUGAUGGCCCUAGAAGGAGCAUGCUAUAUUUAGAAACAGCUGACCGUCCUGGCUUGCUAUUGGAGGUUAUCAAGAUCAUGGCUGAUACUAAUGUCACUGUUGAGUCUGCAGAGAUUGAUACUGAGGGUCUGGUUGCAAAAGAUAAGUUUCAUGUAAGCUACCAAGGAGCUGCCUUGAGUAGUUCUAUGGCAGAGGUGUUGACAAAUUGUUUACGAUACUAUCUGAGAAGGCCAGAAACAGAAGAGGACAGUUACUAGGAAUUGCUCAAGAGGGAAACUGACAAAUUUGUACAGCUUUAGAGGAGAGGACCCAGUAGUUGUUAUGGCUAACUUUGUACCUCUCAAAACACUUUAUGAUAAUGAAAAUGACUCAUUUUUAUAUACUGGCUUGGCAAGUUAAUUGCUCGAACCCAAGUUUUGAGGUCUAUGUCAUUAAAGAUGAGGCCACAUCAAUAUGUUUUUGCUGGGUUGUUAUAAUAUAUGAGAGAGAAAUGUUCGUCCAUAA